AUGGAUACCGUCAUAGUCAGUCUGCCUCAGCCGGCGGCAGAUAUCUUUGUUUCGAAUGUGUCUAUAGUCGAGACUAUUUCCAUGUUCGCCAUCGGCGCGUUCAUGGCUGUGGAUGUUGCCCUGUCGACUUUCAACCAGUUCAAGCGUUAUCGCGGCCUUUACUUCUGGAGUCUGCAGGUUGCAUCCUGGGGAAUAGUUUUGCACGGAGUCCCAGCACAAAUGAGGUAUGCCCAGCUGGCAUCAAAUAUCUCAGUGGCUGCACCAUUCGUGCUUGGAUGGUGGUGUAUGGUUCAAGGCCAGGCAGUAGUCCUCUACUCCCGCCUGCACCUCGUCGUCCCAGACGUCCGCCACAUCCGCUGGGUGCUAUGGAUGAUAAUAGCAAACUUCACGAUCCUAAGCGUACCAAUGACAGCCCUAUUCCUCUGCCAGAACGUAGGCACCAACCCUCAAUGCACGAAACCCGCCGAAAUUCUCGACAAGAUCCAAUUAUGUGGGUUUGCCCUGCAAGACCUGUUAAUAUGCGUCAUAUACAUAUGCCCAGCUCUUGGGGCGCUGAAACCCAUCUUUGCGAUGAAAGGCCGUGAAGGGAAACGAGUUAUCAUCCAAUUGAUCAUCAUAAAUGUGAUCGUCGUCGUCUUGAAUAUUUCGCUCGUUGUCAUAGGGUUCAAAUUGCCUUUCAUCACUGUUGGUUACAAAACUGUUGUCUACGCCAUCAAGCUCAAGCUUGAAUUUUACAUUUUGACCAAACUGCGUGAGCUUACACGGACUUAUCCUUGUGUUUGUCACACUUUCGGCGAGAUUCCGCGUGUCUCAAGUGAUAUCAAUAUCUUCGACUUACUUGCGAGGGGUGGGGGCAUUGCUCAGAGACUGGAUAUGGAGGCGCAAACUUCGCCGAGGUUCGGGGUCGCUGUGAGCCCUUCUACUGGCUUGCCUAGUUCGACGAGGAGUAGCACUUAUGACUUCCACGACGCACUUCGGGAGACCAUGUCCGCGUCUGUUUCGGAGAAUUCGGUUGGGCAGUCGCACUUGGAUGGGCGGCUGCAGGUGCGUUCGUCUGAUACGAGGUCGACGGUUGAGAUGGCUUUAGUUGAACCUCGUUGA